GUUCCCUCUUCCAAUUCUCUACCGCCCUGUUGCUCUGGCAGCCAUGUCGAGCUCGCCGCCGGAACGACGCGGAGGCGGGGGCGAGGGGGAGAGGGGAGAGGAAGCCGCCGCCCCCGUAGCACGCGCGGCCGCUGGCCUCGGACGCCGCCGUUCGGGGGAUCCUUCCUCGUCGCGGCAGAGGUCCGCCGACGAGGUCUGGCCGGAACACUUCGUGGAGGCCGUCGCGGCCCAGGUCGCCGUCGACGCCACUCGCUCCGCCGGGCGCCUGGCCGCCGCGCCUGCCGUCGUCGCCGUGUUCCAGGUGUGCUCGACGUGGAGAGACGUUUCCCGUUCGGAGCUCCUGUGGCAGGAUCUCUGCCGCCGCGUUUGGUCUCGUCGGCGUUCCACGCUCCCGUCCUGGCGCGACGAGUUCGUUCGCCUCCACCGCACUGCCGCCAACUUCCGGUUCCGCCGCUGUGCCUACUCCCAGCUGCUGCCUGCCUCCGACGACGCACUCUCCUGCCGCCGUCUCGCCCUCUCGGACCACCACCUUGCUGCCGGCUUCCACGAUGGCUCCGUCCUUCUGUUCGAUCUCCCUGCCGGACAGCUGCUCGCCACCUACAGGGCCGACCCUCACCGCGACCGCCUCGGCCGCUUCUCCCAGGCUAUCUCCGGCAUCAUCCUCCUCGCUGAGCCCGACGAGAGCCUGACCUUCUCUUCCCAGGACGGAGACAUCCACGUGGCCAGCCUUGACGUCUCUGGCUCCGCCCGGCGUGCCCAUGUCGGGAACCUUAUGGAGGACGGAACGCUGGUGGACUUCACCGGCGACGCUCGGUGGUGGGUGGGCUUGUUCGCAGGUGUUCCCGGGCGGUCGUGGCACAUCUGGGAUGCCGACACCGAGCAGCUGGUGUAUGUGGGUGGUACCUUGACGGACUCCAACGCUAUCCUGGGUUGGCACAUGCUUACCGACUUGUCUCGCCCGGUCCUCGCCCGCACGAGGAUUGCGGAGCCAGGAAUCGUGGUUGGGUGCACCGCUUCGAGCAUGGAGGCGGUGGACUUGAACGACAGCGGCACAAUCCUAAACCAGCUCGAACUCCCGCACGGCGCAGUCGUGGACUCGGUUGACGCGUGCGAGGGCCGGGUGAUGGCCGUGGACUCGCGAGGUCUGGCGAAGGUGCGGGAGGUGCCGACGCUGCAGGAGCUUUGCAGGUUCGGCACCGGGAGGCGGGUGGAGGGACAGCAGCAGCAGGGUACGGUGCGUGUCAAAGCGUGCAUGAACUGGUGUUACGCGAUCGUGUGUUCCGGUCGCGGAGUUCGGGUAUGGGAUGCGACGACCGGCGCGUACUUGUACAGCUUCAGGGAGCGGAUAGGCGAGGCCGCCGUCGCUGCUGCCAGUGACCGGUACGUCUCUGCUUGGGCCGACGAUAGUGGUUUGCACCUGUGGGAUUUUGGAGACUUGUAGGUGGAUGAGCACAUGCAGGGGAGCGGCAAUAUUUCUGCAAGUACGUAGAAGAUGCUGACGCAUGCAGGAGAACGUAGGAAGAGGAAGUAGGAGAAGGAAUGGAGAGAGAGAGAGA